AUGAAGGGUGGAUGCAGUUGGCGACAACAAGCGGACACCGAGGAAGUUGCCCGGAAAAUCUAUGUGAAGGGCAUCAAGUCAUUCACGCGCGGAAAACAUCAGUGGCCUAACCCAAUCGCUAUCAUUGGAACUGGCCAUGCUGGUUUGCGGCAGGCCAUGUUCUUCCUCAAGCACAAAGAGCACAACUUUGUGAUAUAUGACAGAAAGGCAAUUGUGGGUGGCACAUCUUGGAUCGACCAGGCCAAUGCCACCUCAAAGCUCCAGACCGAGCUUGGUACGUAUCACCUGCAGUAUGACGAGGACAAUCCUGUGCCAAAGAACAUGAGCACUUGGCCUUCCACGGCCGAGCUGCUCGAGCACUUUAAGGAGGUGGCCGAGGAGUAUGGCGUAAUGCCGUACGCCAAGAUGUGCACAAAUGUCGGGGAGAUGACCAUCAAGACGCCAACUCGUCAAGACAAUCCAGUCGACUUCCCUUCUUCCUAUGACUUAAGGUUUUCUCAGACCUAUACUCUUACAUUGGAGCCUACUGAUGGCACAGGUGAUGGUCGAGGUGACAACAUUGGGCUGACGGGUGAGCCAAGCUUCAAGGUGGACCACUCCGCUGUUAUCAUGUACCCGGGCAACCUCACCCUGCCCAAGCGCUUUGAUUUGAAGGGUGAGGAGUGA